GGCACAGAUUCGAAAAUCCUCCCAUAUUCACCCAGCAGUAUAAAACUAAUGAGGAGCGACACUCGGCACUCUUCGGACCAAAAGAGGGGUUCGCUGUUACUAAGUGCUGUGCUGCAACUGAAACUGGGAAAAAGAGAUGGCACCUGGAAAAAAGGGUUUCCUUGAACGUCUCAAUGCUGGGGAGCUGGUGAUCGGUGAUGGAGGCUUUGUGUUCGCCCUGGAGAAGAGAGGGUAUGUGAAGGCCGGGCCAUGGACCCCCGAGGCAACUGUCACACAUCCUGAGGCUGUGCGUCAGCUGCACCGAGAGUUCUUGAGAGCCGGUGCAAAUGUCAUGCAGACUUUCACCUUCUAUGCCAGUGAUGACAAACUGGAAAACAGGGGUCAGAGCUUAAAACUCACUGGGGCACAGAUCAAUGAGGCCGCCUGCGAUCUAGCAAGGGAAGUCGCCAAUGAGGGCGAUGCUCUGGUAGCAGGUGGAGUGUGUCAGACUCCGUCGUACCUCAGCUGCAAGAGCGAAACAGAGGUGAAGGCCAUCUUUAAGAAACAGCUGGAUGUUUUCCUGAAGAAGAAUGUGGACUUCCUGAUCGCUGAGUACUUUGAGCACGUGGAGGAGGCUGAGUGGGCGGUGCAGGUGCUGAAGACCAGCGGAAAGCCAGUGGCUGCUUCUAUGUGCAUCGGACCAGAGGGAGACAUGCAUGGUGUCUCACCUGGAGAGUGUGCUGUCAGGCUGGUGAAGGCUGGUGCCCAGGUCGUGGGAGUCAACUGCCACUUUGACCCAAUGACCUGUGUGAAAGCUGUCAAGAUGAUGAAAGAGGGAGUGGAAAAGGCCGGGCUGAAAGCUCACUACAUGGUGCAGCCCCUGGCUUUCCACACACCUGACUGCAACUGUCAGGGAUUCAUUGACCUUCCAGAAUUCCCUUUUGCCUUAGAGCCCAGGAUCCUGACCCGCUGGGACAUGCACAAGUACGCCAGGGAGGCCUACAAGGUUGGCAUCCGCUUCAUCGGUGGCUGCUGUGGGUUUGAGCCUUAUCACAUCAGAGCUGUGGCGGAGGAGCUGGCUCCAGAGAUAGGGAAAAUGCCCCCUGGUGCAGAUAAACACGGCAUGUGGGGUGCUGGUCUGGAGAUGCACACCAAGCCCUGGGUCAGAGCUAGGUCCCGCCGUGACUACUGGGAGAAUCUCAUGCCAGCAUCCGGUCGUCCAAAAUGCCCUUCUCUGUCUACACCGGAGGGCUGGGGUGUCACCCAGGGCAGCUCUGAACUCAUGCAGCACAAAGAGGCCACCAGCAGCCAGGAAAUCAAGCACCUACUGGAGCUGCAGAAGAAGGCCAAGUCUUCUGCAUGAACAAGACAAAGCGAGAGAAGCCAAGAUAUCCAUCCCUUCAGUUUGACAACAGUAGAGGAGAUGAAGGAAGGGAGGGGAGGGGAGGUUUUUCCCAGUUCAGUUUGGAGAUUAAAGCACUUGUAACAGCGAUGCUCCGGUGGUGGAGUAUUACAAUGUAAACCCCCCAAAACAAUAAACCUCAGUUUGUUACUGAA